CGCUGUGGAUUUCAAACAGGAGAAGCAGAAGCAUCAAUCAAACUGGGGAACAUACAAGUUGGUUUUAUCACUGAAACGGUUUCAACAACGACGGCAAAGCUUGAGCCAUGUGUGGAAUCUUUGCCUACCUGAAUUACCAAGUGCCCCGCACCAGAAAGGAGAUAUUUGAGACGCUGGUGAAGGGACUGCAGAGACUGGAGUACAGAGGGUACGAUUCAGCAGGUAUCGCUGUGGAUGGCCCUAACAAGGUGACCUCUGACAUCAAUGGAAACACCAUCUGCUUGAUCAAGAAGAAGGGGAAGGUCAAGGCUCUGGAUGAGGAGCUAUACAAGAAAGACAUACUGGAUCUGGACGCGCAGCUGUGCACACACUUUGGCCUCGCUCACACUCGUUGGGCCACACAUGGAGAGCCGAGUGCUGUCAAUAGUCACCCUCAUCGCUCUGACAAGGAUAAUGAGUUUGUUGUCAUCCAUAAUGGCAUCAUCACCAACUACAAAGAGCUGAAGAAGUACCUGAUCACAAAAGGAUAUGAAUUUGAGUCAGAGACGGACACAGAGGUGAUCCCGAAAUUGAUCAAAUACAUUUACGACAACCGAGAGAGUGACAGCAUCACCUUCUCCACGCUGGUCGAGAGAGUCAUUCAGCAGCUGGAGGGGGCUUUUGCUCUGGUGUUUAAAAGCCGUCAUUUCCCUGGAGAGGCUGUGUCCACCAGGAGAGGAAGUCCAUUGCUUAUUGGUGUGCGAAGUGAGCAUGAGCUGCCAACCGAACAGAUCCCCAUCCAGUACAACAGCGGUCACCCAAAGGAGGGACUCCAGGAGAAGAACAGCCAUAACCGUCCUGACUGCUCCAACGCCAACGCCAUCAAUUCUGUGGGGGAUGACAAGGCUGUGGAGUAUUACUUUGCCUCUGAUGCCAGUGCCAUCAUUGAGCACACCAACAAGGUGUUGUACAUGGAGGAUGAUGACAUCGCGGUGGUCACCGGGGGAAAACUCUCCAUCCACAGGGUGAACCGGCAGGCCGGUGAGAACCCCAUCAGGGCGAUCCAGACCCUGCAGAUGGAGCUGCAACAGAUCAUGAAAGGUAACUUUGAUGCCUUCAUGCAGAAGGAGAUCUUUGAGCAGCCGGAGUCAGUGGUCAACACUAUGAGAGGCCGGAUUUUUUUUGAAAAUAACACAGUGGUUCUCGGUGGACUCAAGGACCACCUGAAAGAAAUCAAACGCUGCAGACGGCUAAUCGUGAUUGGCUGUGGCACUAGCUUCCACGCUGCAGUGGCUACCAGACAGAUCCUUGAGGAGCUGACGGAGCUGCCCGUCAUGGUGGAGCUGGCAAGCGACUUCCUGGACCGCAACACCCCUGUUUUCAGAGAUGAUGUUUGCUUCUUCAUCAGUCAGUCAGGAGAGACAGCAGACACCUUGAUGGCACUGCGCUACUGCAAGGACCAUGGUGCUCUGACAGUCGGUAUAACCAACACUGUGGGCAGCUCCAUUUGUAGAGAAACAACGUGCGGAGUCCACAUAAAUGCUGGGCCUGAGAUAGGAGUGGCUAGCACCAAGGCCUACACCAGUCAGUUUGUGGCCCUCAUUAUGUUUGGCCUGAUGAUGAGUGAGGACAGGCUCUCCCUGCAGAAGAGAAGACUGGAGAUCAUCAACGGCCUCAAGGUGCUACCUGAGCUGAUAAAGAAAGUGUUGUCUCUGGAUGAGAAGAUCAAGGCUAUUGCCAAUGAGAUGUAUGAGCAAAGGUCCCUCCUGGUCAUGGGCCGAGGUUACAACUAUGCCACCUGUCUAGAGGGGGCGCUGAAAAUCAAGGAGAUCACGUACAUGCACUCAGAAGGCAUCCUGGCUGGGGAGCUGAAACACGGUCCCCUGGCACUCAUUGACAAAAACAUGCCGGUCAUCAUGAUCGUCAUGAGAGACGCCUGCUACAUUAAGUGCCAGAAUGCUCUGCAGCAAGUCACUGCCAGAUCGGGUCGGCCCAUCAUCCUGUGUUGCCAGGACGACCCUGAGGUGACUAAGAAUGCCUACCAGACCAUCGAGCUGCCACAUACUGUGGACUGUCUGCAGGGCAUCCUCACUGUCAUCCCCCUGCAGCUCCUGUCGUUCCACUUGGCCGUCCUGAGAGGAUUUGACGUUGACUGUCCCAGAAACUUGGCCAAGUCUGUGACUGUAGAAUAAAUGCAGCUCACAAAGCAUCAGAGAGGAGGCUUGUAGAUUUACAGUGCAAUCGUGCAAUUGAACGUUCAGUAUGUUUGUGUAUGUUUAUGUCUAUGUGAUAUUGUGUCUGGAGGGGUCUGUGUUAGUGUGUGUGUGGAUGAGAGUGUGAAUGACAGAGUGAGUGUGACAGAUGAAAGAGGAUGGUAUACGGUACAAUGCCUUUUUUUUUUAAAAGAGAAAUGUGAAGUCUGACCAAUACACUGCUGAGGAAGUGCCAGUGCCAUUGAGGCCUUGCGGAACAAUCUAUGAAAGCAACAUUCAUCCAAAGCAAUAUGCUGUGCCUUUUUCUAAUCUCACCUUGAGCCAAAGACACACAGAAGGAACACAGCAGAAAAACAUUGAUAUUAAGUGUUUACAGUUGUGCAAUAUGGGGACCAAAUGUGCAUUAUGAAUGUAGGCUACACAAUCACGAAUGAGAUGAUUCAUUCUCUUCCUGUUUUAUGAAUUUCUUAUAUCCAUUGGGGAGCUUCUUGCCUCUCUGUUGCACAAUGGGAAAUGUAGGAAUUACACAGUUUUAUUUCAGAGAGUCAUCCGGGUUAUGACAAUCUGAUUUUAUAUACACUGUUGCUCAUAAGGUUGGAAUAAAAUAUUUUUUACCUCUUUCCAUGAAAUGAUUGUGACAAUGUGAU